UUCUUCACCCUCUCUCUCUCUCUCUCUCUCUCUCUCUCUCUCUCUAUCAUAGUCUGAAUGCACAGCACAACCUUCAAACCCCCAAUCCCCUACUACUACUACAACCAUGCACCCUCCCUUAAGUUCCACUCCAUCUUCCUCCACAACAACAACCCUAGACUCAUCCGACCCCACCUCAUUUUCCCGCCAAUUCAUCUCACCAUCUCCUCCUCCACCACCACCUCCGCCGCUCUCAACGGUUCCUCCCUCCACCCCAAAACCCCCGCCGUUAAACCCAUCGACGUCGCCACUCUCGGCAAUCUCUGCGUCGACAUCGUCCUCAGCGUCCCCCAGCUCCCCCCGCCCGACGCCGACCGCCGCAAAGCCUACAUGGACCGCCUCUCCGCCUCGCCGCCUGAUAAGAAAUAUUGGGAAGCUGGUGGCAACUGCAAUGUGACUAUAGCAGCAGCGAGGUUGGGGCUUCAAUGUACUGCAAUUGGCCAUGUGGGUAAUGAAGUGUAUGGGAAGUUCUUGUUAGAUGUUCUUCGUAAUGAGGGGAUCGGUAUGGUUGGGAUGAAUGAGGAUAAUGAGGAUGAGAGUUUAAGUGCUUCUUCAUACGAGACACUUUUGUGCUGGGUUCUUGUGGAUCAAUUGCAAAGACAUGGUUUUUGUAGUCGAGCAGAUUUCAGUAAGGAGCCUGCGUUUAGUUGGUUGAGUAGAUUAUCCGUACCAGUGAAGGCGGCGAUAAAGCAGUCAAAAAUACUUUUCUGUAAUGGCUAUGGCUUUGACGAGCUCUCUCCUGCUGUAAUAGCCUCGGCUGUAAAGUAUGCUGUUGAAGUUGGAACAUCAGUUUUUUUCGACCCUGGACCCCGUGGAAAGAGCCUCUCUGCUGGUACACCUGAAGAACAAGGAGCGCUUAAUCUGUUGUUGAGGAUGAGUGAUGUUCUUCUUCUAACUUCGGAUGAGGCUGAGUCAUUGACUCGUAUUAGAAACCCAAUAUUAGCAGGGCAGGAGUUGCUCAAGCAAGGGGUGCAAACAAAAUGGGUGAUUGUUAAAAUGGGGCCAAAGGGUUCAAUUCUUAUAACCAAGUCUGGUAUCUCUUGUGCACCAGCAUUCAAGGUAAAGGUCAUGGACACUGUUGGAUGUGGGGAUAGUUUUGUGGCUGCUAUUGCAUAUGGUUUCAUCCAUGAUAUGCCAAUGGUAAAUACAUUAGCAAUUGCAAAUGCAGUGGGUGCUGCAACCGCCAUGGGUUGUGGUGCUGGAAGGAAUGUGGCUACGUUGGAUAAAGUAAUUGAACUUGUGGAAGCUUCAAAUCUCAAUGAGGAUGAAAAAUUUUGGAAUGAAGUGUUUGAUGAAACUUUGGGUGUUCAGGAAAUUACUGCUCUCUCAAAAUUGGCCAUAAAUGGAAGUGACGGUCAGCUGAAUUGUGUACCUUUGCAGAAAGUUGUAUUAGAAUUGCUUCCUAAGCUCAAAUCGGCAGAGCUAGAGAGAAGAGUGCCAUGUUAAGUUGUUAACAGAUCAAACCACAUCAUAGGUCAUAGCAAUGAACUAUGUUCUGCUGGAGCUAUUUCAUUUUCCGAGUCUGAUUAUACUGUUCCAUGACGUGAGGGCUGCCCUCCCUAUACAAAGUGAAACCACGCUGUGUUCAUUACAGAUGAGAUGCUUGAAAUCAGUGCGCAGGAAUUACUGAGUUUUCAUAUGUUGAAGUGUUAUCCUUCAGAUUAGUAGGUGACGGUUUUGAUCCGAUAGAUCUAGGUUGCUGCUGCAUGACCUAGCUUUGCAGUUUUGUCACUCCUGCACAGAUCUGCCAUUUUUUUGACCGUUUAGAUUUUCGACACAAUGCCUGUGUAGGCGGUGCCUUAUAUUUAUUCGAAUUGUAUGUAUUGAAUUUUGUUUUGAUAAGAUGUAUGUGUUGAAUGUUCC